AUGAAGACAGAUUUGAUGAUACAGCAAUUCGAGAAGUAAAAGAAAAAGUCUGAAUUAUGCGAAAAGUAUUUUUAGAAUAUAAGAGAGAGAUUAAUAUAUAGUUCGGAACUCACAAAAUAUGAAAUCAAGCACAGAGAGAUGAUUGUUAUUUAAAAGUCUUUUUUUUAGGAAUGGAGGAUUGAUGAAAUAGGAACACUUUCUGGCCGUUGUGUCGGAGAGUUUUCAGAGAUCAAAAAAGAUUUAGAAGAAGAAGGAAAACAAGGAAGUGAAGAAGCAUAAGAGAUUUUGGAUGAGUUUAUCAAAACAUUAAAAUGUAAGACAAUAAGUAGCAAUAAGACUAAAAACGAAAUGGAAGAUAUCAUAGAGACAUUUGAUUAAGAAGGAGAGUUUGAAAUUACAGAAGCUUUUUCUGAAUAGGAAAGACAUAUGUAUUUUGAAAUAAAAGAAUUGUUACAGAAAGAUAUUUACAGCACUAUUUUACAGUAUCAUGAGAAUCUGUAGGCAGAAUUUUUAAUACUUUUAGAAAAGUAAAUAAUAUCAAACGACACAGAUGUAGAGCAAGUGUUUUAAAUUUAUUUAAAACCAAUCUUGAAAUACAAAGUCCACAAAAGAAACUCCUUGGAAAUGGAAACUCUUAUCUCAUACCUCUUUAGCAUUAUACCUUAAGAGAAUUUUGUAAUAGAAUCAGAUUAAAUCAUCGAUCCUCGAGAGCACAUACCGUUUUUGACUUAGAUUUUUGAAGAGAAUAACAUUAAUGAAAUUUAACUUUUAAGAACUAAAGAUAUUAAGCUUUUUUGGGAUGAUAUUUAGAAACAGUUUAAUGUUUCAGUGGACUAUAAUGUAAAACAAAAGCAACCUCUUCCAAUUUAAAAAGGAGAAAUAGCACAUAAUGUGAAAGCCAGUUUUGAAGAAUACUUAUUUGAUUUGAAUAACUCUUAAAAUAAAAACAUUAACUGCUUUUAGAAUUUAUUACAAAGUGGACUUAAAGUAGAGCUCCAACAAGGAGAGGCAUUCGAUCCUGAAAAAAUAUAGCUUCAAAUAAACCCUAUUAUUAAAGAAACAGCAAACUAUCUAAAUCUAAGUAAAAUCUCAGAAUAAUCAAUUAGAGUGCUAAAGAAAAAUAAUCCAAACUAGAUACUAGCAAUACUCUUUAUCAAUCACAAAAAGAAAUUAUCUCUUAAAGCUCUUAAAGACAUAUUUGAAAUAAAAAAAAAACAUCAGAAUUUAAAUGUCUGUGUUUUGGAUGUCGAAGAAAGUGAUUUAGAUUUUAUAAAUUAGAUUAAAAUACAGUAGUAUGACAAGGAAAUGGAAUUCUACUACUGUGAUUAUUCUGUCUAAAUUUAGUUAGUUAGCAUUUUCCCUUAAGAAUAUUAUCCUGCUAUUAUGAUUAUUGAUGGACACAACCAAAUUAUAGCAAAGGAGCAAUUUUACUGCAAAAAUUGGUAAUCAAACAUAAAAAAUGAUAAUGAUUUAAUUAAGUAAGCAAAAGGACUAAGUCUAACAUAGAAAAACAAUGAAGGAAACUAAAGCGUUUAUGAUUAAAUUUAUAAAUAAAUUAAAGAAAAAUUUUUGAAGGAUCCUAAAAAAAAGGUUACUCUGUUUAACUGUGGAAUGAAUUUGAAACAAUUAGGUUACCCCGUUUCCUUAGAGCUUUGCAUUUCAAAUUAGCAUAUUUUAGAUUGGGAAGGUACAUUCAAACAAAAGAUAUACAAUUAGCCUUACAUUUAGCAUAAUAUAAGUUAAUAGCAUAUUCAAUAUAUUUAACCUGUCCUUGAUCUCAUAUUUACUCAUGCACCAUAAGAGAAAUUUAUAAAGAGAGUUUGUGAUUAUGAGUUGAAAAGAGGUUCUGUUUGCAAAAUUUGCAAUCAUGCUUUCGUUCCUGAGAAAGAAGAAAAUCAAUACUUUUCAUUUAAUAAAAACGAAUACUACUGUGAAAAAUGCUUCAACAAUGAAUCCAAUAAGCAUUUCUUCUUCAAAAAUAUUGUUUUCAUUCAUUUUCAAGCUGUUAUGCAAAACUUUAAUUCAGAUUAGUUUGGUUUGAAUAAUUAACCCGAAUUGAUAGACCCUCCCUUAAACGAUUAAAAAAGCAUAGCUUAAUUUGAAUAAUCAUAAGAAGAUACUCACGAAAAAAUUGAAUGUAUUGGAUGCGAUUAAGUAAUUUAGGGCAGAAGAUGGAUAUGCCUUUCUUGUGAUAGAAGUAGGGAAAGCGAUUAAUUUAAGAAUUAGAUAAAUUUGUGUGAAUUCUGCUAAAAUUUAAUGAAACAAAAGAGAAAAGAAGAAAGGAUUUCAGAAAAAAUGUUUAAACAUUCAGAUAAGCUUCUAAAAAUAGAGUCUCAAUACCAUGAAUGUCACCAUAUUACAUUAGGUGUUAGCUUUUUUUAUGGAAAGAAUGUUUUCUGA